UGUGAUGGGAUGGAAAAUGGCGGCGAUUAGAAGACCGCAUUAACUUUACAGUUCUUAAAACUAACGGCAGCAACAGCGGGCGCUGUUUUAAUCCAUUAUUUUAGCGGUGGCAUAAUUUGUCUGUGGGAUUUUAUCACAUCGCGAAGUUCUGUGGAGUUUCGUGUCCAUAUGAGCUGAGCGUUUUCCAAAAGCUAACAGUAGCUUGGCACGACUUGGACGUUUGUGAUGGUGAAGGCAGACAGUGAACAAAGCUCGAGUGCUCACAGAGUCUUGUUUGGGGGCGUUACAUUUCAUGUAAAUUUGUUAGAAAACAGAUAUCACUGUUGUAGUGUAGCCAACUAAGUCGGCCUCGAGAUUUAAGUUCACAUUUCCAGUGGACGUUGGCUCGAAAUACCUGCACGAAGUCAGCAACUGUGAGGUUUGGAUGAGGUGUUGUGAUAUUAUGAAACAAUAUUAAUGUAACAGUUAGCUAACAAGCUCGGACUUGUCAUUUUAGUAACCCUCAGGGAAGCUAUGCACUGGCAUAGUAGCUAUUUUUACACUACACAAUGCAGCCAUAUGGACCUACAGUGAAAAUUAAGUCAGGUUAAGUCGGGCUUAAAACUGUUAUUCAGUAGUUUAAUUAGUAGCCUAAUUAUUAGUCGUGCAGAGUGGUUACUUGUUUAGAGGCACACGGCUCAAACCAGCGAUAAUGGAUGACUCCAAGCCUCGAUACAGCAAAAGGCUGAGGGCUGGUACCCGGCGGCGUUACCAUGACGAUGGUAUCUCAGACGAGGAGAUUGACGGGAGGAGGACGUUUGACCUGGAGGAGAAAGUUCACAGUCAGAGGUUCAGCUCUGACCGGGUUAUUCGCAUGGAGGGGAAAGACUUGACGUAUGAAUAUGUUCAGAGAGGAGGAUUGAGGGACCCCAUCAUCUUUGAGAAGCCUAAUGGACUGGGAAUCAAGAUGCCAGACCCUGAUUUCAGUGUCAAUGACGUCAAAAUAUUUGUUGGUAGCAGACGAAUGAUAGAUGUGAUGGAUGUGAGCACCCAGAAGGGGACAGAAAUGUCCAUGGCCCAGUGGAGACGCUACUAUGAGACCCCUCCAUCCCAGAGAGAGAAGCUUUACAAUGUCAUCAGCUUAGAGUUCAGCCACACCAAGCUGGAGAACCUGGUCAAGAGACCUGCCACAGUGGAUUUGAUCGACUGGGUGGACAACAUGUGGCCCCGUCACCUGAAAGAAAGGCAGAGGGACUCAACCAAUUCGAUUAACGACAUGCAGUACCCCAAAGUACAGAAAUACUGUCUGAUGAGUGUCCAGGGCUGCUACACGGACUUCCACAUUGACUUUGGAGGGACCUCAGUCUGGUACCACAUCCUGAGAGGAUGCAAGGUGUUCUGGCUGAUCCCUCCUACCCCUCAGAACCUGGAGCUCUAUGAGAACUGGGUGCUGUCAGGAAAACAGGGAGACAUUUUCCUGGGAGACCGAGCAACUGACUGUCAAAGGAUUGAACUGAAGCAGGGCUUUACCUUCAUAAUACCUUCAGGCUGGAUCCAUGCUGUCUACACCCCUGUGGACACUCUGGUGUUUGGAGGGAACUUCCUUCACAGCUUCAACAUCCCCAUGCAGCUGAACAUCUCCAACAUAGAGGACCGCACACGGGUCCCAGCAAAGUUUCGUUACCCAUUCUACUAUGAGAUGUGUUGGUAUGUGCUGGAGCGCUACGUCUUCAGCCUGACCAGCACCUCCUACCUCACACCAGAGUUUCAGAAACACUCCCUGGGCAUCGGGCUUAAAAAGCCGCCAACCUCAGAUCCAGCGACUGAGCAGGUGAAAGAAGAAGAAGAAGAGGACGAAGAAGAGGAGGACAAAGAAGAGGAGGAGAGUUGUGGUAGUAACGAAGAGACCUCCCAGUCCUCUAAUAAGUCAGGGCUUAAAGUUCAUCUGACUCCCUUGGAGCUGGAGGGGCUGUGGAAUCUGCUGGGGAAACUGGAAGCUCUGCCCUCUAACAAGAAAUGUGUCCCAGCGGGCAUACACAAUGCCCCUGCACUGCUCACACACAUCAAGGCCCUACUAAAGGAACAUGCCAGUGACAAUCCAAAGCUGUCUUACACAGGAAAACCUAUUGUCAAGUGGCCGAAGAGGCCGUCAUGGUACCAGCCUCCUCCUCCUCCACCUCCUCCCCCUCGUCCUAAAUUGGCCACCACACCGGUGAUCCCACGACCUCAGAAACCAGCCUCCUCCAUGUCUGUCCUGAGGCGCCGUAGAGUCAGGUGUAAACGUUGUGAGGCCUGCAUGAGACCAGAGUGUGGCGAAUGUAACUUCUGCAGAGACAUGAAGAAGUUCGGAGGUCCAGGGAAGCUCAAACAGACCUGUGUGCUGCGACAGUGCCUGGCUCCGGGCCUCCCUCUGUCAGCAGUGUGUGAGGUGUGUAAGGAGCCCAACCAGGAGGAGACUGGCGACCCGGCCCUCACUCUGAUGGAGUGUUCCAACUGCGCCCAGAUCGUCCACCCUGCCUGCCUCACGAUCCAGGGUGAAGGGGUGGUGAAUAAAGACUUGCCCAGCUGCUGGGAGUGCCCAAAGUGUGUUCAAGGAAUCACUGACCCAGAGCAGCCUAAAGGAGACAAGAGCAAAAUGCUACCAGUGAAGCGGAAAUCCUCCUCCCUUCUCGAUGCUCGCAUUGCCAAGAUUUACCGACGACACAGACACAGCCGUGACGGAGACGACUCUGCCAGUGACGAUGAUGAUGAAGCCUCUCAGAGAAGGAAGCUGGCUCUCCAGGCCCGUGGAGGAAGCCACGCCUCCAGGAGGGGAUUCGGGGCCAAUAGGAGAGGACUGUUGAGAGGAGGCUCCGCCCACCGAGGCAACAGAGGAGGCCUGGUGACUCCCGGUUCCUCUGUGCUCAAGCUAAAGCGAGGGAUGGCCAUGAGGGAGGGGGCAAGGAGGGGAAGAGGCGUGAGGCUGCGGGGAGGCUCCAAAAUGCAGAGGAGAGGAGAUGAGUCCGACGAGUCUGAUGACGACGACGACGACGACGAUGAUGAAGAGGAGGAGGAGGAGGACAGUGAAGACGGGGAUAAAGAGCGACGGCACCGUCGACAGAGACGGAGGCGCAGGACGGAUGAUGAUGACGAUGAGGAUGAAGACGAAGACAGCGAGGGGCAGGAGUUCGACCCUGAGGAGGAGGAGAUGGACACACUGGAGGAUGAGGAAGAGGAGGAGAUGGAGGAGGAGGAGAUGGAGGAGGAAGGACGCUGGGAUUCAGACCCAGAACCCCCUGUUCUCCUGGUGUCUGAUCUUAAUGAUGAUCUGCUGAGUGGCUCCUACCUGACCGUCACGCUGCAGCGCCCCCACAAGGCCAAGAGACACGCAGGCUCCAUUGUCCCUAAGCUGGAAGCAGCCAUGGGUCCGAGGACCGCUGCCGUGGGACCUGGAGCUCAGCAGGGCUUUGUCCAGCGCAAGUCUGCACUCUCCAAACCGUCCCGACUGAAGAACAGUGACGGGACCCCCGACAGCCUGACCCCAACAAGCAGAGGACCCGGCAGGCCACGUCUCCGGGGUAGCCAUCACCAUGGCGACCGAGGCCCCAGGGAUAGGUCUGCAUCUUCUUCAGAGGAAGAGGAGUCUGCUCCCCAUACCUCGUCCUUCUCUCCCCCGUCCCUGCUGUCGCUGCCGUCCUUCAAGGACGUGGGGAACGAGAAGGGAGGGGAGAAGGAGGUGUGGGUGGCCGUGUUCAGAUACCUGAACCGAGCCGAGCUGCUGGCCUGCAUGACUGUAUGCAAGGCCUGGUACAAGUGGAGCUGCGACAAGCGCCUGUGGAGCCACGUGGACGUGAGCCGCUGCAGCCCGCUCAGUAACCAGGCCUUGGCGGGCAUCAUUAAGCGGCAGCCCACCUCUCUGGACCUGUCCUGGACCCCGCUGGCCAAGAAACAGCUCAACUGCCUGCUCACCAGACUGCCAGGUGUGAGGGAGUUGAGGCUGGCCGGCCUGUCCUGGUCCUGUCUGUCAGCACUGGUCUCUCCUACUCUGCCCUACCUCCGGCUGCUGGACCUGCGCUGGUGUGAAGGUGUUGGUGAUUCACAAAUUAAAGAUCUGAUCACCCCGCCUGGCUCGGAGUCGUCCCGCAGCCGGCUGCGGAACAUGGUGACGUUGCGUUUGUCUGGUUUGGACAUCAGCGAGUCGACUCUGAGGCUGCUGCAGCGCCACAUGCCCCAGCUGGAGAGGCUGGACUUGGCGCACUGCAAGGACAUCAGCGACACCUCCAUCGCUCUGCUGGCGGCGGCUGGGACGCACACCCGCAACAACCUCACUGAGCUCACACUGGCCGGUUGUAGCUACCUGACGGACGGCUGUCUGUCCUACCUGAAGAGACUGUCCUCUCUGACUCUGCUGGACCUCCGAGGCUGUAAGAGCAUCAGCAGGCGAGGCUGUGAUGCCUUCAUCUCAGACCUGUCACACAUCGCUCUCUUCUGCAUGAUGGAGGAAAAGCUGAUCCAGAGGAUAGACUAACAGAUGCUGUUUCAGUCACCUGCACCACUUAGGAGCUCAUCUACAGGACAGAAGAACCACAAGCGGGGUUCAGCUGAACAACACUCGCUCUGAGGAUAAAGUCCAGACUGACUCAUACACACGAGAGGUUUCAAUGUAAUUUUGCCUCAUCUCGUGCCGUUUUUGGGAAGCCAGUAUCUGUGGUGUGGCUGGACACAAACUCACCAGUAUCCAGAGGGAAACAUCUUUUUUUUUUCUUUUUUUUUUUUUUUAAAUAAAAUGUAUCUAAAAUGUCAAACAUUGAGGGAACGGGACCACAGCGACUCAGAUACAGUGUUAUAUAUUUGUUAUUCAGAGAUGUUUAGCUGUAAGUGUUUCCUGGCUAACCAAAGCCAUCAGCUCAGACUUUGAAGCUUAAAAUAACUCUUCUGGUUCCAUAACUCUGUGGCUGGUACUGAGUGAGAACAGGUGCUUUAAUAUCCAGUGUAAUGUUGGGUCUCCCUGUGAUGAUGUCACAUAUCGCUGCUGUCAGGUGAAAACAUGGGAUGUUUCUACAAGCUCUGUCUUUUGUCACAGAUUGUGGCCUAGAGAGCAUGUCUACACAGACGUGCCAACACUACAACAAGAUAUGGAUUCUUUUGUCAGCAGUGUGAUGUGUGUUCAGUCGUAGUAGUGCUGCAUAUGUACUCAUGAAAGUUAACAAGGGACAUCACACCUUAUCCUGGAAUCCAAGUGAACAGUGAAGAUGGAGAGGACGACAUCUUCCUGUACCUGUACCUGUGUACAGGUAUUCUAACAUGAAUAUGUGUGUUAAUUUGUCCAGGUUAAGGGUCAGUCACUCAAUUUUCUGAGGCUUUUUUUACUUUUACUUGUAAAUGUAUGUGUGUGUGUAUGUGUUGGGGGGGGUUGAAUAAAGUUCAACUAUGACAUGAAUGAGUAAAACAUGAUAAAACAUGUCA